AUGCCUUUUCGCCUGACCCUGCUGGACACCCUCUCUUUCGCCCUCAUUACUCGCUCAACAGAAGAAGGGCGGCAGGAAGAUCUGGACGCAGGCAUUGAGCACACCAAUGAGGCGCUUGCGCUAUGCCCACCGGGUCAUCACGGACGUCCACGCUUAUUGAUCAACCUUGCCGCCGCAAGACAUACUCGAUUUAUGGCUGCUAGCAGACAAGAAGACAUAGACGACAGUGUCACCUCUCUCCGUGAAGCUGUCGAUCUGCUGUCCCCUGGGUUCACUGUUCGUGCAGUAGCUCUAAGCAGGCUAACAGAUGUUCUAUUCAGUCGCCUCAUAUCCUACGGAGCUCUUGAGGACCUGGAAGAAAGCAUAGCCCGCGGGAAGGAAGCGCUGGCCGCUUGCGGCCCCUGGGUACCAGAACGAGCCACGGUACUCAACAUCCUGUCCUACUCACUCCUUGACCGCUUCGAUCGUUUCCAAGCGCGAGAGGACCUCAGGGGGAGCGUCGACUACUGUUACGAAGCGCUUGCACAUUGUCCUCCAGGCCAUCUUUACCGCACGUCCAUCAUGGACAGAUUGGCAAACGCUCUCAAACGACGAUAUCGUAUCGGUGGCAAUCCGGAAGACCUGGAUUAUUCAAUCAUUUACUUUAAACAAGUACUCCAGAUGGCAACCGACCCGGCUGAGUCUUCAACUCGUCUUGACUCGAUGUUGACUCUGCCAACGGUCUUGAUAGCUCGCUUUCACCGGACCGGCCAGUUGGACGAUAUCAGGGACAGCGUCCAGUAUAGUUAUGAGGCUCUAUCGCUGUGCCCGAGAGGGCACCCACACCGCUCACGCGCUUUGUACAUCCUAUCGUCUUCUCUGUUCGCGCGAUUCUCCUGGACAGAACGGAUGGAAGAUAUGGCCAGCUGCAUUCCAUUAUUUCAAGAGGAGUUAUCCUUACAUAUUCUCCAGUCUCCAGGCCGUAUUCUCUCAUUAUACAAAUUAACAGUACUCCUCUCCUUGCGUAACUUGGAUACCGAGGACCCUAAAGUCCUGAAAGAGUGCAUGCGGCACACAGAGGAAGCGCUACAACUCCGUCCGCCCGACAGCUUCUCCCAUUCAUCCAUCAUAUUCAUCCUUGCCAUGUGCUCCCAGCUUCGAUACAACCAGACCAGAGAACUUGAAAAUUUGAACACAGCCAUCGACUACUCCCGGGAGGUUAUAUUCAUUUCUCCGAACCGGCCAUUCACCCAGCCUUGUCUAACGACCCACCUGAACACCGGCUUGCUUGAGCGAUACAAAGUGCUCGGUAAAUUGGAAGACCUCGACGAGUGUAUUGACCGGGGGUAUGGGAUACUGUCGUCCUACCCUCUGGAAUUGGGUUCCUCGGGAUUUCAACGAUUAUUGUUUAAUCUCGCGUCUGCUCUCUGUUGCAGGUAUCGUAUCACUGAACACAGAGAGGAUAUCCUCAACGCUAUUUUCUACGCUAAGGAGGACACACUCUCAGAGUCGACUCACAGCCAUCUAGAUCGGCUCCGGGCCGCGAUGUUUUGGGCACAGCUAGCCCAUGCUGAACAUCAUUCUUCGACGCUCGACGCCUACCGCAUGUGUCUUGAGCUGUUGGAGCGGAAUCUAACCAUUACCCCGACAUUGGAGAUGCAGCAUGAUGUGGUUCGACUGCAGGGGUCGGGGUCUUUGUCUUUGGAUGCCGCAGCGUACACAAUCAGCCAAGGAAAUCUCGAACUCGCCGUGGAGUUACUGGAGCAGGGAAGAGCCUUGCUCUGGUCCCAAGUCCGCCGUCUACGGACGCCCCUCGACCAACUGGCCGCCGAUGAGAGCUUGAAGCCUCUUCGGGAUGCAUUUCUGGAGACGAGUCGUGCAUUAGAUGCAAUCAGCACUUCUAUGAGCCCAUUCCCGGAGCAGUUGAUUGUGGAGGAAGCUAACGAUCGGUUUGGGCCUAUGUUGGAGGCGAAGCGACGCCUGUCAGCCGAACUGGACGAAGUCAUCAAGCAAAUUCGUACGACGCUCCCAGACUUUCUUGGGCUUCCUUCAUACAACAAACUCAAGGUCGUUUCGGCAGAGGGCCCGGUUAUCGUCGUCAAUCACAGCAAGUAUCGCUCAGAUGCUCUUAUUAUUGGCCCUGGCGAGAAUCUCGGCUGCGUUGAGCUUUCGGACGCAUUCUAUGAGCAGGCUAUCAGUUGGUCAAACGACCUGUUGAAGGCGCGUCAAGCUCUGAGCGCCGCUCCGAAGAAGUAUGAUCGAGUCUUGCGGCGAACACUGGAAGAACUUGCGGAGCUUGUUGUAGGCCCUGUCUCGGAGAAGCUGAAAGAACUUGGGGUUGAAGAAGGGUCUCAGAUUUGGUGGUGUCCGACCUCCGUGGUGUCCGCGCUACCACUGCAUGCAGCAGGCCCGCUCAUGGCUCCACACUCAAAACACAGCAAAUACAAGGUGUACCUCCAAGACAUGGCGGCUGGCCGCGGUAGGCCAAUACAACGUGACAGCCUCCUUGGUGUCGCUCCGCUCGACAAGUCGCUGCAAGCGAUGAAUGACGAAGUCGCAGUCCUUCGUACAUCCUUCGCAGAGGAUGAGCUGACAAUUUCCGUCGGGAGUCAAUGCAAUCGCGAGGCAGUAAUUACUGGUCUCACAAAGAGCCCGUGGGUGCACUUCGCCUGCCACGGUACGCUGAAACCAGGCGAGCCUUUCAACUCGGCGCUACUACUCUCUGGUGGCGAACGACUCACUUUAUUCGACAUCAUCAAGGCGGGCCUUCAUAAUGCCAAAUUAGCAGUACUGUCUGCAUGCCAUACCGCCGAACAGACGCAAGACAGCGCGAUGGACGAAGCGCUCCACCUGGCGGCCGCGAUGCAGUUCGCUGGCUUCCGGAGUGUAGUGGGGACGAUGUGGCAGAUGAAAGAUGUAUUGUCGUGA